UAUCCUAGUCUCAGUUAGCUACUGUCCCUUGCAAGGGUUAGACGUGACAUUAAUAAUCUCCUGAAGAUAAAAUAUUAAAAGGAAAAACAUGGUUCGAGUUGCAGCACGCCACGACUGUACAGUUGUGAUGGUUGGAGACAGCAGGGUUGGGAAAUCAGCUCUAGCUUCCAAGUUCCGAACUGGUAAAUUUGAUGCCGGAUACAAUAAGACAAGCUUUGAUACCUUGACUACUAGUAGUGUUGUUCAAGGGAAAAGAAUCAAGUUCACAAUCUACGAUACUGCGGGAUCUCGCGGACCAAACACUCACAGAGAGAUUGCAUACAGAGAGGCAGAUGUGUUUCUUCUCUGCUAUAAAAUUAGUGAUCCAACCACUCUCUUCGGAGCAAUCAAUCAUUGGGUUCCAGAGCUCCGGAGCCAUGCUCCUGCAACUCCGAUAGUUCUUGUCGGAUGCCAGACAGACCUCCGCUCAGACCGGAACACAUUAAACUCCUUAUCUAAGCAGGGUAGGUCUCCGGUCUCCUCCGAUCAAGCCAGAUCCUUCUCCCAGCAGGUUGAUGCUGUUCAAUAUGUUGAAACUUCCUCCAAAACAUCUCCUAAGGGGCCUGAAUCUGUUUUUGAACUUGCAGCUCAGAUAUCCCUUGAGCAGGUUAAGGAACCGUAUCCUCUUCCUAAGCCUAUCUCCACCAGUACCCCAGAACACACUCUAGAUAGAGAAUACAGCACAGACUCUGCGGAACACUUCUGGGAACAAUAUCAGUCCCCGGCUCUUCCUCGUUCCUCUCUUUCAUUUCAAAGGAACGCCUCCCUCUCCUCUUCUCUCUCCUCCUCCCUCAACUCAACCCGCUCCACCCUCUCCAUUCCCCGCUCUCCAGUCAGGAACCGUCGGAACUCGAUGUCUCUCCGAGCUAAGCCAAACACAGCGGAGAAAAUGAUAAAGAUCAAGUGCCAGAGAUUGACAGUAGACAAGAUCUACGAAGAGGUUGAAAUAGAAGUUCCAGCUCCGAUCUUUGAAACCCUUCAAGCUUGCAAUGAUACUUCAAACAGUGAAAAAAAGAAAAAAGAAAGCCUCGGCUCCAAGUUGAAAAAUCUGUUUAUCCGGGACUAGAUCCUAAAAACCCCUCCAUGUCGGAGUGUUUAAAAACUCCUUGCAUUCUCCCUGCACUCCUGAUCUUUGUAUAAUAUCAAUCCAUGAGCAUUAAAAAACGUUCCGUAUCUGUGAUAAAAUAUAUUUAUGAAUUUAAGAUUAAAUUUUUGUUGAGUAAAAUAUUGUCAAUAAAUGAAUUAUUUGAA